AUGGGUAUCUCACGACGUCCGAAGAACAAGGCGGCUGGCGGUGGUCCAGCCGGGGAAGUAGGAGCCUCUGGGAGCGCAAAGCCUAAGAAGGCCACAUUCGAGACGACCAAGAAAAAGGAGGUCGGCGUGUCUGACUUGACACUUCUCAGUAAGGUCUCCAACGAAGCGAUCAACGACAACCUGAAGAAGCGAUUCGAAGCCCGGGAGAUUUAUACAUACAUUGGCCAUGUGCUCGUUUCAGUCAACCCGUUCCGGGACUUGGGCAUCUACACCGACCAAGUGUUGGAAAGCUACAAGGGCAAGAACCGGUUGGAGAUGCCGCCACACGUUUUCGCAAUUGCAGAAUCGGCGUACUACAACAUGAAAGCGUAUCAAGACAACCAAUGUGUCAUCAUUUCUGGCGAAUCCGGCGCGGGAAAGACAGAGGCUGCCAAGCGCAUCAUGCAAUACAUUGCGAACGUUUCUGGCGGAGAAUCAGGGGAUAUUAAAGAGAUCAAGGACAUGGUGCUGGCCACUAAUCCUUUGCUUGAAUCCUUUGGAAACGCCAAAACGCUGAGGAACAACAACUCGUCGCGAUUUGGCAAGUAUUUGCAAAUCCACUUCAACGGACAGGGCCAGCCUGUCGGAGCCGACAUCACCAACUAUCUCCUCGAAAAGACGCGAGUCGUCGGGCAAAUCAGCAACGAGCGAAAUUUCCACAUUUUCUACCAGUUCACCAAGGGUGCAUCUUCGCAAUAUCAACAGCUGUUCGGCGUGCAAAAACCCGAGACAUAUGUGUACACCAGCCGGUCAAAGUGUUUCAAUGUCGACGGUAUCGACGAUCUAGCCGAAUUUCAAGACACCUUGAACGCCAUGAAGAUCAUUGGGUUGUCGCAGCCAGAACAAGAUAACAUCUUCCGCAUGUUAGCUUCGAUUUUGUGGAUUGGAAACAUCCAGUUCCGUGAAGACAAGGAUGGGUAUGCCGAGGUUGUGGAUAGGUCCGUGGUGGACUUUGCCGCCUAUCUUCUCGAGUGCACAGCAGACCAGCUGAUCCACGCUAUUACCAUCCGCAUCUUGACACCUCGCAAUGGCGAGGUCAUCGAAUCGCCGACAAACCCGGCUCAAGCGGGCGCGACGAGAGAUGCGCUCGCCAAGGCAAUCUACAGCAACUUGUUCGACUGGAUCGUGGGCCGAAUCAACAAGUCACUCAAGGCGAGGCAAGCGACUUCCAACAGCAUUGGUAUCCUGGAUAUCUAUGGCUUCGAGAUUUUUGAAAAGAACAACUUCGAGCAGCUGUGUAUCAAUUACGUCAACGAGAAGUUGCAGCAAAUCUUCAUUCAGCUCACCCUCAAAACGGAGCAGGAAGAAUAUGCUCGGGAACAGAUUCAGUGGACUCCGAUCAAGUAUUUCGACAACAAAAUCGUGUGUGACCUGAUUGAGCAAAUUCGACCGCCAGGCAUCUUCUCGGCGCUGAAGGACGCGACCAAGACCGCCCACGCUGAUCCCGCUGCAUGUGACCGCACAUUCAUGCAAAGCAUCAAUGGCAUGUCGAACCCCCAUCUCACGCCUCGCCAGAGCAAUUUCAUUGUCAAGCAUUAUGCGGGCGACGUGGCUUACACGGUUGACGGAAUUACCGACAAGAACAAGGACCAGCUGCUCAAGGGUCUUCUGCAACUAUUCCAGAACAGUGGCAAUGACUUUGUUCACGAAUUGUUCCCUCAUCAGGUAGACCAAGACAAUCGUAAGCAGCCGCCCUCAGCAGGCGACCGUAUUCGUACGUCCGCCAAUGCUCUGGUGGAGACCUUGAUGAAGUGCCAGCCAUCCUACAUCCGCACAAUCAAGCCCAACGAGAACAAGUCGCCAACCGAGUACAACAGUCCCAACGUCCUUCAUCAAAUAAAGUAUCUCGGUCUUCAGGAAAACGUACGUAUCCGACGUGCGGGCUUUGCAUACCGCCAGGACUUUGACAAAUUUGUCGAUCGAUUUUUCCUCUUGUCCCCUGCGACGUCGUACGCGGGAGAGUAUACCUGGGACGGCACAACUGAGGCCGCGGUGAAACAGAUCCUCAAAGACACGAGCAUACCUAAAGAGGAGUGGCAGAUGGGUGUCACAAAGGCAUUCGUCAAAAGCCCAGAGACACUGUUCGCCCUCGAACACAUGCGUGACCGUUACUGGCACAACAUGGCCACCAGGAUCCAAAGGAUGUGGAGGGCAUACCUCGCCUAUCGCGCGGAAUCUGCUACCAGGAUACAGCGUUUCUGGCGCAAGAAACGCACGGGCGCCGAGUUUCUCCAGUUGAGGGACCAGGGCCAUGGUGUUCUGCAAGGGCGCAAGGAACGGCGUCGCAUGAGUUUGCUCGGGUCAAGGAGGUUCCUUGGCGACUAUCUAGGUGUCAACGCCUCCAGCGGGUUUGGUGCGCAGAUUCGCAAUGCUGCGGGCAUCGGACACAACGAGCGGGUUGUCUUUUCUUGCCGUGCGGAGCUUCUCGAGGCCAAGUUCGGUCGGUCCAGCAAGCCCAGCCCUCGCAUCAUUGUUGUCACCAACAGCAAGUUCUACAUUGUCGUACAAGCUCUGGUGAAUGGCCAGCCAUCCAUCUCAAUUGAGAAGAGUGUGCCUCUUGGCGCCAUUAAAUAUGUCGGGGCCUCCACGGCGCAGGACGACUGGUUCUCGCUAGGGAUCGGAUCUCAGCAAGAAGCCGACCCCCUCAUGAACUGUGUGUUCAAGACGGAACUUUUCACGCAGAUGCAGCGCGUCAUGCCCGGGGGGUGCAACCUAAAGAUAUCCGACAUGAUCGAAUAUGCGAAAAAGCCCGGAAAGAUGCAGCAAGUCAAAGUGCUUAAGGACUCGCAGCAGCAGGCUGAUUACUACAAGAGUGGUGCCGUUCACACACGAGCGGGCGAGUCACCUCAGUCAGCUUCGAAGCCGACACCCAAGGGCAAGCCUGUGCCCCCGAAACCCAUCACCCGCGGGAAGCUCAUCAGGCCUGGAGGUCCGAACGGAAGGCCGUCCAGACUCACGGGCAACAGAACUGCCAAGCCCAGGCCUGGUGCCGGUGCUGGUGCGAGGACAGUGCCACAGCCACCCACCGCUGUCAGCCAAGCCUCUAGCACGCCAGCAUCGGCUCCCGUCCCAACUCUGGUGCCGCGCCCCGUCCCUACACCGGCUGCAAACCAGGUCAACAAUACUGCUUCACUCCCCAAUCAUACACGCAACCAGGGCAGCAGCGCCAGCGCGGCCACAAGGGCGCCGCCUCCUCCACCGCCAGCGGCUCCGGCCGCCCCGCCCAAGAUCAUGGCCAAGGUCCUGUACGAUUUCGCGGGCCAAAGAGAGAACGAGCUGUCCAUCAGCAAGGGCGACACCAUUGAGAUCGUCCAGAAGGAAAGCAAUGGAUGGUGGCUCGGCAAGACGACAGCUGGACAAGCAUGGGUCCCCGCUGCCUAUGUCGAGGAGCUUGCUCCAGUAGCGCCGGCCAAGUCGAAACCAGCUCCCCCAGCUCCCCCAGCCAAGCGUCCGGCUGCGGCUCGAAAGCCCGCCGAUCUUCAGCAGCGCGACUCGGGCAUGAGUUUGAAUGGAGCCAGCAAUGCCAGCUCCGACAACAGCCGAAGCUCUACGCCUCAGCCGAGCCUGGGAGGGAGUCUGGCUGAUGCCCUACUUGCCAGAAAGAACGCGAUGCAGAGACAGCAGAACAACGACGAUGAUGAUUGGUAG